AUGACGCGCAGCCACGGCACACGCUCCACAGGUGUGCCUGAGAGAGGCUCACAAGGACAACAGGGCCAGCACAUCCCGCACGGACCAGCAGCGCACGGCAGUCAAAACAGCCACCCAGGGCUCUCAGCAGCGCACGGCAGUCAAAACAGCCACCCAGGGCUCUCAGCAGCGCACGGCAGUCAAAACAGCCACCCAGGGCUCUCAGCAGCGCCGGCAACUCCCUCACCCAGGCGGUAUCUCCGGAUGCCAGCCCUUGGCCUCGGGCGCCUGCGCGCGCCGAUCUCUUGCGCCGGCGCAAGGGCAGUUCCUGGUUCGAGCGCGGCCCCGGCCCUAGCAGUGGCGCUGCUGCGCACGGUGAUGGCGACGUUGAGGGUUUUGGCGCUGUGGGUGUCGAGCCUGGCGCUGGUGAGUGGCGGUGGGACGGCACUGGAGCACCUCAUCGCCACGGCUCCGCCGUCACCUGCGCAGGCAUGUUCAGAGUUUUCCCAGAGGUCCUGUGAAGAAUGUCUAAAAAAUGUUUCGUGCCUUUGGUGUUAUACCAACAACACUUGUAUUGAUUACCCUGUAAGAAGCAUUGUUCCAUCAUCUUCAUUGUGUUCUCUCUCAAACGCUCGUUGGGGAGUUUGCUGGAUAAACUUUGAGGCUUUAAUUAUUGCCAUAGCCGUAGUAGCUGGACUCAUCCUGGUGUCCGUAGCAGUCUGUUGCUGUUAUUGCUGUUAUUGCAGAAGACGUUCCAGGAGUAGACCAGAUGAAGAAGAGGAAUGGCUAGCCAGAAAGAGAGAGGAACGGAGACUACAGUCUUUACAGAGGAAACAUGAAAGAAAACUGAAGCAUGAUGAAAUACGUAAGAAGUAUGGUCUUCUCCAGGAUUCUGAUAAUCCGUACAGCAGAUUUGAGAAUGAAUAAAGCUGAGCAUCUUCCACUAGAGCUGUAACUACACAGUACAGGAAGACAGUUUGUUUUUGUCUGCCCUUUAGGCUCUUCUUUCUUUCCUCAGAGGUUUUGGUUUUCCUGGUUGUAAAACUGGGAGUGGAUAAGGACGUUAUGUAAUACAGUUUUCUGUCUAUAUAGAGCUAAUUUAUCUGUAAAUGCUUUUGGUUCUUGAAAUGUUUGAUUUUUUUUUUACAGUGGCAUUUAAAUGUGAAAUACUGUCUUAAUACUGUAUUUUAUUACUUGAUGUAGAUGACUAAUAGUCACAAUCGUAUAUAUGAAUUCAGUAUUAACUGCCACCUAAAAUAAUUUUUCCCUUGUUCUUAAAUGUGAUAAAUGAAGUAUCCCCGAUCAGGAUUCCGGUUGAAUUUUGGAAUUUAUUGGAUGAAUAAGAGCAAGCAAACAGCGCUGGGUGCACUGAGAGCCUCUGCUCUAUCAGGACGCACACCCGUCACAUCCCGAGUUCGCGUUAAGUAGGGUAGGCCUUAUACGUAUUCAUGACUUUUCCUUGAAGGGGCUGAAAAAUGUUAAUCAUUUCUGGGAAGGGGUCCUCUCCUUCUGGCGCAUGCUUUGUUCCAUCUUGGGAGUCUUUUUCACCCUCUUUAAGUGGUCGUUGGAGGAAGUCAGUAGUCUUCCUCACAGUGUCCCCCAGGCAACUUCCGUGUGUAUAUCUCUGCAAAACUGGUUCAAGCUAAUCUCCUCAAAACAUCUGGCAAGUUACAAGAAGCAGAAACACCCUCCUUAUCAAAACCUGGUUCAAGCUAGUCUUCCAAGACACCUGUCAAGCUGCUGUUACGAAAAGCAAGAACAAGUUACACAAGAACAAAUAAAGCUACCAAAAAUUAUCAUCCAUAUUCAUUGCUCCACAUUGACACGAAUCAAGGGAACACAUUUCACAAUCCCCCAUUUCCUUUUUGAUACUAUUGAUUUGUGUUUUAGCUUCUGAGUUAAUACUUGUUUGAUCGAUAUCAAUUUUGGAUCUUCCUUCAAUUUUAAUAUCAUCAAAGGGUUGGUUUUACCGCUUGUUGCUUUUUCAGGAUCUAUGGGCAUAGCAGUAAUUUGCAUACCUUCGAUUAUAGAGUGGAUCAGUCUAAUCAAACACGGGAUCAUACAAGGUAAAAACAAUAAGCUUAAUAUUGAACACAAUAUCAUAAAUCCUAAUUUCUUCCACCAAACACCACCAAAUAAAUUAUCCCACCAGUCAUUUUUUAAAAUUGAGUCCCAUCAUUGUACAGGUACAUGUGCAUUAUCUGCAAUCUUUGUAAUUGUAUCCCCAUGAUCAUCAGUUUCUAUACAACAUUCAGAUGUAUUAAAUUUUCCACACACACCUCCUUCUGCUGUCAGUAGAUAAUUCAAGGUGGGCCGAUUCUGAUACAUGGCUGCUCAAGUUUGAGGUAAUUGUUUUGCUACUAAUUCUAAAGCCCAAGCAGUUUGAUUAGUAAUUAUUUCAACUACUGCUUGUAACCAAAUGAUGCGGUUUAGCAUGUAGAUAGGAGUUCUAGAACACCAACUUCCAUCUUGCGCCCAUGUAGCUGGGUCAUAAUAAUUAAUGAUUCGUUCCGGGGGCCAUUCAUUAUCUUUCCACUUUUGUGCUCCCCCUGUUAAUAUACUUCUCUUUCUUCGGUUCAGGGUCUCAUACAAAGGUAUUCCCAAGUGAUUAUUUUUCAUUUUUGGCAGCAAGGAAAAGGCAGGUUGGAUCAUUCCAAUGGUACAGCUACCUCUCCAUCUCUUUGGUAGUUUGUUAUAUGCUCUUUGCCCACAUAUCCAAAAUAGCCCAUCAGGAGACUUCCAAUUGCUAUUUGUUUUUCUAGGGUUUUCCCAAAAGGACUUCAGAUCCCUAAUUUCUUCAAAUGUGUUUGCAUUCAUUGUGUUUUUCCAACAUUGAGUUUGAUUGCCAGAGCAGUUGGUAGUCCAGUACCCAUCGGGUGACUUUGGCCACGAGAUACUACUUGUUGAGUUAGUGGUGAAGAUCAUUUUGCAAGGUGUAUGUCCAACAUACUGUGUAAAAUCACUGCUAUUUCUAGAUAUACAAAACUGGCCUAUUACUUCAUGACUUAGCGCCCAACCUUCAGGCCUGUUUGUGCUGGAUUUAUGGGUGUUGUUCCAUUCUAAUAAUUCUUGGGGUUCCACACUCCUCUCCAUGGCCACUGCUCAGUCAUCUGAGACCCUCCACAUAUCCAACAAGAGGAUACAUUCAAUUCUGUAGCUAUUUUCUGCAUCAAAUCUACAAAUUCUGUCCUCUAGUUGGUAGAUCCCAUGUGCUCAUCCUUUGAGUUUUUCAUAUAAUGAUUUUGAAGGAGGUUGUUUGCGAUUUGUUUUUAAUCUUCGUGUAACAUUCUUUACUAAUUCUUCUUUAAAUCUAUCUUCUUGUCCUCCCCCAUCUGAAUACCCCCACAUUCCUCCUUGAGUGAAGCAUAUAUAUUUCUCUCCCUUGGGACAAGUUCCAUAGCCAUGGACUACUCUUCCUGUCUUGUCUCCAAGAUUCUCAGCUACCCAAAGAGUCAAUCCUGCUGUUUGGCAUUUUUCCAGUUGAGUUCUUUUAUAACACCCAGCAUUUAUGUGGGUAUGAUAGGCCAGAGUUGACACCGUUUGUUUCCCAUAUGCCACUUGUUGGUAGCAUUUGGAGCACGAAUCGGCUGAAACUCCAUGUAGGAUUAGGUUGAUCCAUACAAACAAAAUCAAACCCCACCUUUUUACUCCUCUGCCUCCACCGCCUCCUGGGGUGCUUCCAGCAGCGGGGUUUUUCAUCUUCACGGCAGCAGGGAUAUUCUUCAGGGGUCUCAUAUGGAUCAUGCUAAAUGAGUCUCGUAUGGAUUUUGCCAAACUUCAGUAUUAAGGGGAUUUCCUAGUUUAUUUAGUUCAGUUUCUAACAUGUGGCCUAACAAUCCUUUAAACUUGUGUGGAGUUUCUCCCUACCUUAUUGUAGUAGAACUCUAUCUUCAAAGUGUGCUUAGGUGUUGAGGGAAGGAAUUUUUCGCAAAAUGAUCUUACCACCACUCUCAGUUACUGUCACAAAGUCUCCUUUGUUGCGUGUUCUUUCAAGAUCGUCUGAGGGUCAAUUUAGUCUCUUCACGCUCAGAUGCGACUUUCCAUUCUUUCACUGGACCUUUUACUCGCGAAACGUGGGUCCAUCCCUUUUCAGCAGUUCUCACAGCCGUCUCUGUAGUUAAAACAAGAAAAGGUCCCUCCCAGAGAGGAGAUAAGGUUUCUUCCUUCCAUGCUUUUAUUAGAACUUUAUCUUCUGGUUCUAAUUGGUGAAUUGCAAAUCCAAGCGGUGGAGUCUGGGCUAACAUUCCAAUUUCUCUUAAUUCUUUUAAUCUUUUUCCAAUGGUUCCCACAUAUUUCUGGAUAGUUUGAUCCUCAAUUACAUUGUUCUCUAGAGGCAUCCCUUGGGAAUAAGGCAUGCCAUAUAACAUUUCAUAUGGUGAUAAUCUAGUUUCACUGUGGGGUUUAGUUCUUAUGUUCAAAAGUGCCAAUGGCAAGCACUUUGUCCAGGACAUUUGGGUCUCAAUCAUCAAUUUAGCUAACUGUUGUUUUAUUGUUUGAUUCAUCCUUUCUACUUUUCCUGAACUCUGUGGGUGCCAAGGAGUAUGGUAUUCCCACUGGAUACCUAAUGAUUGGCAUAAUAAUUUUAUUACUUUAGAAGUAAAGUGCAUGCCUUUGUCUGAGUCUAUGUACUGGAUUAUCCCAUAUCUAGGUACUAAGUGUUCCAGUAAAAUUUUUACUACCAUCUGUGCCAUGGCUCGUGCCACAGGGUAAGCCUCUACCCAUUGUGUUAAGUGAUCCAUGAUUACUAGUAAGUAUUUUACCCUUCCCACCUUGGGUAAUUCUGUAAAAUCAACUUGUACUCUUUCAAAAGGUCUAUAAGGUGUUUUUCUUCCUCCGGUUGCUACUUGUCAAAAUAUUUUCUUAUUUAUCGUUUGACACGUUAAGCAACCCCGUGUAAUUUGCUUUGUUAUUUCAAAGAUUCCAAUAUAGCCAAAUUGUUUAAGAAAAUGAUCACUUAAUGCUUUUGUACCCCAAUGCAUUUGUGCGUGUAAGCGUUCCAUAAUCUGUCUAGCAAGGGCUUUUGACAACAUUUCCCACCCAUCAGGUAACAUCCAUUUCCCUUGUUCUAAUUUGGCCCCUAUUUUCUCCAACUCAUUUAAUUCCUCAGGGGUAAAUUUAUUUUCUCUUUGUUCUUGUUCCUUUUCAUUGUUGCCUCUCUUAGUUUGUACUACACAGACUUUAAUCAUCUGAGCCCUGAGAGCUGCUUCCUGAGCCUCCUUAUCUGCUAAGUUAUUUCCUCUAGUUCGGUAAUCUAAUCCUUUUUGGUGUCCUCUUACAUGUACUAUGGCUAUUUUCUUCGGUUCCCUUAGAGUUUUUAGGAUAUUUAGUAUUAAUUCUUGAUGUAUAAAAUUCUUCCCAGGUAUAAAUAUUGGGGCCUAAGAAUUGGUCUAAUUUUUCAACUACCCCAAGGGGAUCAUCUAAUAGGGUCCCCAUUUCUUUCUUAAAAUUUCUUACAUUUGUGGCAUUUAAUGGGACUGCCACAAACCCAAUGCCUCCCUGAUUUCCUCCGAGGGGUACUUCUCGUAAGGGAUAUAGAGAAGCUCCCUCAGAUGUGGCAGUCCUACUUCUCGUACAUGCAGCCGGAGGUAGAUCUAAUUCUGGUGCAGUUGGUGGUGAAGGCAGGGGCAACGGUGGCGCUGGUGGAGGUACUACAGCCACUGGAGGGCGAGCCGCCACCGGAGGUGGAUUGUUAGAAUAUGGAGGCGGUAAGUUAUCUAGUGGCUCCCAUUUAUCAUCUUUUUCCUUUACUUUUCCAUUUUUAUCCCCUUCUUCUUCCUCAAACUUUUCAUCUGCUUUCAGUGGAAGUAUUGAGGCUGGAAAAGGACGUGAAGUCCUAAUCCAUAAUCCUGCAUAAUCACUUUCCUCCUGACUAAAAGUUUCCUUUGAAUUAACAUAUAUAUUUAAAGCGUGGCAAAUCCAGUCCUCAAAAGAUCCAAAACAGGCCAAAAGACAUGUGGCUUUAAAGGUUUCUUUGGCCAUUCAGUCAUACAAUAUUGGGCUAAUUUUAAUUUACUUUUUCCUUUUCUGGGGCCCCUUUCAUUCCAAUCCCUAAUCAUUAUUCCUAAUGGACUUUCUGAUGGUAUGUCUGGUAAUUUGCUCCCUUUCUUUAGGUCCUGGGUCUUUGACUUUUUCUGACCCAUCUAGGAAUUUUGCUGUGGCAAUUCCUACAGCUCUUGGUUACGAGUGUCUUGCAGGGGGUUUAGGGCCUAUCACCCACCCAUGAAUACUAUAGGAAUCGCUUUGGUCCUUCACUGGCCAAGUCCCUCGCGGGAGAUUGGAACCAUGGUUAGAAGACCUCCACUCUCACUUCGGAACCAGGUUCCGUCUCAAUCACACUCUUACACGCACAGGCAACUGAAUCCCACCCAACUGAACGGUAUACGCCUUAAAUAGUUACGACUCCGUCGUCCUCGUUCAGAUCUUCGCGCACUGAAUUAUGGGCAAAAUAAACUGCUGCAGCCGGCAAGGGAGCUCCUAAAAAUCAAUUCUUUGCUUGCCCCUAUUCAGGUUCAGGCUGGUGUUAGUCCUGACCCGACCCGAUCAGGAGCAACCAAAUGGUGGGGCACCCCUCCUAAAUCAAGUCAGAAUUCAGGAACCAAGACCCUCCUGGACGAGCCCCCAGUUGUGAUAAAUGAAGUAUCCCCGAACAGGAUUCCGGUUGAAUUUUGGAAUUUAUUGGAUGAAGAAGAGCAAGCAAACAGCGCUGGGUGCGCUGAGAGCCUCUGCUCUAUCAGGACGCACACCCGUCACAUCCCGAGUUCGCGUUAAGUAGGGUAGGCCUUAUACGUAUUCAUGACUUUUCCUUGAAGGGGCUGAAAAAUGUUAAUCAUUUCUGGGAAGGGGUCUUCUCCUUCUGGCGCAUGCUUUGUUCCAUCUUGGGAGUCUUUUUCACCCUCUUUAAGUGGUCGUUGGAGGAAGUCAGUAGUCUUCCUCACGGUGUCCCCCAGGCGACCUCCAUGUGUAUAUCUCUGCAAAACUGGUUCAAGCUAAUCUCCCCAAAACAUCUGGCAAGUUACAAGAAGCAGAAACACCCUCCUUAUCAAAACCUGGUUCAAGCUAGUCUUCCAAGACACCUGUCAAGCUGCUGUUACGAAAAGCAAGAACAAGUUACACAAGAACAAAUAAAGCUACCAAAAAUUAUCAUCCAUAUUCAUUGCUCCACAUUGACACAAAUCAAGGGAACACAUUUCACAUAAAUUAAGAUUUUUUUUUUCCUUACUCUGUUUUUUAUAAAAAUCAAAGGCAACAUGGAAGCUCAGCUUCACACAGCAGAAACAGCUAAUGCUGGUAUUGAUGAGAAAACUCAAUUGUGAAAAUGUUAAUGUGUACUAUGAAUAUAUCAGUGAUGUGGAAAAAUAGAAAAAUGGAAGAAGGACAUUCUUGAAUUAAGCAUAGUUUGUUUUGUGGCUGAUUUUAAGAAGAAACAUCAGUCUGUGUGAACACUGUUGUGUUUUUUUCUGUUAGCUUAAUGUGUAAUUAACAAAAAACCCCUGAAACAGAAGUUGACAAGGUUCUGCAGUUCACUAGGGUUGACCCUGGUCAGCAGCUAAGUACCACUCAGUUUCUGGCUCCCUCCCUACAGUGGGAUGAGGGAGAGAAUGAGAACAGCAAAAAUGAGCAAACUUUUAGGAUGUGAUAAAGACAAUUUAAAGAGUGAAGAAAUGGAAGGUAGGAGGAACAAGUCAUGCAAAGACAAUCACCACCUCCCAGAAGGAGACCUCUUCCCACCCGUCCCUCAGUUUCUGUUGCUGAGCAUGAUGUAUGGUGUGGAAAUACCAUUUUGAUUGAUUCUGGACAGCUGUCCCAACUGUCCCCUCCCAGGUUCUUGCCGACCACUGGCCUACUUGCUGGAGUGGGCAGAGUGGAGAGAAGUGGAACUCCACUGCUGGGCAAGCACUGCUCAUCACAAGCCAGAGCUUGGAUGUGGUGUCAGCACUGUUCUAGCAUCAGCUCCAAAGCCAAGUACUGUAAGGGCUGCUAUGAAGAAAGUUGUCUCCAUCCCAGACAGAUCCAGUACAGUAAGAAAGCAGUAUCUUCUUUUAACCUUUUAUUGUUUCAAUAUUUCCAUAAUGUGAUUUAUUUUCUGUCUGUCUCUUCAUAGAGGUGUUUUCAUAGAGCAUGUGUAGUAGCUUACCAGUGUGGUGCAGUUUGCAAUGUGCCUUCUCUCUGACCAGUCUAAUGAAAGUUCCCAUUUACUCUGUACAUUUUAAAUAACCUCACUUGUUGUAUAUUUUCCAUUUAAAAAAAAUGUACAGUAUUAAAGGUGUUCAUUUUAUUUUUAUCAACAUUCCUAAAAUAAAUGCUUCAACAUCUUUAGUUUAGUUCUGUUUAGUUCUAUUGUUCCAUACAAUUUUAAAUUAGCUUGAUUUAAAAGUGACCAAGUAUGAGAAAGGAAAAGAUGCAUUUUUUGCAUUUGCUGUUUUUCUGACAUACAAAUAAAACCUUAACAGCAUGUAUGUGUGAUGGGAAUUAAAUCUUGCCUGUGGGGCAUGAUAUGAACUGCCAUUCCUUCCAGUGCCAAAAAACUACCUCUACUUAGGCUUUAGUAACUAUCACUUAUCAUUGAUUUUUCGUACUGUGUUCACUUCCAUUCUUUUACCAUUCUUAGCUCUGUAGACAGUUUCUCUGUGUACAGUUUUUCAAGAGCUUGUAUAAAAUUGCCUCAGUUCAUGAAUCAUGUUUUAAUUAGUGUUAAUGGGAUAAUGGUCCAAUUUUCCUUUUUUCUUAAUUCAUAUUUAGCACGUUAUUAGUACACACUGUUUAACUUCAUAUGUUUCUUCAUCUGUCAGCUAUUGUCAAGUCUGGCUGUCUUCGAAGAAUGAUGGUCUGUGAUAAGAGUGAGUUGAUAGUGUGAAAAUAAAACAUGCUGGUGGUUUUCA